AGAAAUCGCUGGAGUCAAAUAAAUGCAAUUCGAUAUUAAAUGCGAGGUAGAAAAGAUGGUUGCUAAUAACAUCGCUACGACAUCAUUACCGAAAGAUGAUGUCAAAAGAAAACUCGCACAACGCAAAACGUUACCAAAAACGAUGUAGCAAUGUCCAAGAGUUAAAUUUGACUUCGUAAACCUUGAAACAUUGGAAACGAACGAUUCUAAUCUGUAAAACGACUUUAACAUAGGAACGACGCCAAUUUCUACGCAAAUUACCUUUAAUACGUUCCAAGUGACCACGACGGAAACGUUUGAAACUGCAAGCAACGUAACGUCACGCGGAAAAUCGAAAAGUCACGGGAAAUUCGGGGAUGCGAGAAGGCGAUGGAAUAUCGAGUUGGAAAAGGACGAAACGAAACGCAUAUAUAGCAGCUCGAUGGAUCGUCGAAUGGGGGAAAGAGGGGUGCACGGUGGUGGUGAGGGUAGUAGAGACAGAGAAGGGAAGAGAGAGAGCGCGCGCGCCAGUGAAAGAGGAAAAGCAGGCAGGAGAUACGGGGCGAAAGCAGUGAGGGUAGUUCGGCCGGCCGGCCAGUCGUGCUGUGGCGGCAACCACGACGCGUAGUCGCUUCACGUUUACCCGUCAUGUUGCCAAACAACCCCCUCGAGAACCCUUUUAACACCUCGAUUACCGAUUCGCGGAACGGAUGAGAUAAGAGGCGAACGAAAGAUCGGUUUCAGACCGGGUUGAUCGAAUCUAGGGCACGACCACGAUGUGUACGGAUCGUUCGAAUCUCGGAUGCACCCUUCUGGACCAGUAUCCUGACCUCCACGCCUAAUAUCAGCUGGUAUAAUUCGUCGUCGAGCGGUCGAGUUAGUGGGAUCGUCCUGGUUUCGUUUGUUCGAGACGCGUCACCGCGUGGUUCGAGAUAAAGUAAGGAAUUCGUGCUUGAUUUCUCGAGAUUUGUGAUCUUUCUGUCGGGGGUAAGCAAAAGUCGAGGGAUUUUCGAAUCGUUGAUGGUGAAUCGAGUCUCUGCUACACGUGCAAGGGGUGGUUCGCGAAUCGAUCUCGGGGUACAAGUGGUUCUGCUACUGCAAGUAGGGAACGUGUUCUCGCGUGAACAGAUCGGCAGUAGCUGGUAGUUAAUCACUGAACAGUUUCCCUCCGCCUGGUCGAGGAAAAGCCCUGGAUAUCUGAGGAUCAUCCGAAAGGUGUCUUUCAUCGAAUGUCGUGCUGAUCGAUCAGCCUUCUAACGAGCUCUUACCAAGGAUAAUAAGAAAAAUUUACUGGGAUUCGCCGAUACGGAUAAUAACAACAACAAUGAUAAUAAUACUCGUAAUAAUGAAAGAAAAAGGAAGAAAAGAAUGAAACUGCAUGUCGAGUUUCGAGAUCGAGAGGCAGGCAAGAAGAGACAAAGAAGGAGAGACAGUAAGAAAGACAGAGACCUUGUCCCGAUGACGCAGAGACCGACUGAUAAAAUAGUAACAAGGCCGGCAAUAAAGAGGAUACUGGCGAAGAAAGGGAAUCGUUUUCAGGAAGGCGAACAGGAUGCUGUGAUCGAGAAGGGGGAAAGAAGGAAGCUAAGAGGAACAUCGAGAAGAGUGGAAAGUUUCCGGAACCGAAGGGAGAUAAAGGGAUAGGUCCUAGUGGUGGAGGCACAAUUGGGAAGAGAAAAGUAAUCUCGGCGCCCACAAAAGGGGGUGAAAUAAGUAUCCUCAGGCAGUAACGUCGGUAGAGAGAUAGAUAGAUAGAUAGAUACAUAGAGAGAGAGGGGGAGGAAGGAAAGGAAGAGGAGGGUGAUAUUGAUUUGUUUUUAUUGCUCGCAGACACGCGAUAACCGUGGGGAAAUGUGUGUCAGAAGGCGACGAGCGAACAAAAUUUCUCGAGGGCGACCCUGAAAACGGAGGUAUCGCUCGCUAGGAACUGGAGGUUGCUGAACGGAGAAACAAUCCCGACGUUCCUACGAAUGGCGAAACGGUGGAGAAACGGAGCUAGAGAUACAGAGAGCUGGUAGACGAGCAGCACGUCGCUCGAGACGAUUAUUACGGAGGAUAAGGUCACCACAAGUCGAAGACUCGAUUGCACAAAUAACGAGAGCGAAGCUGAGGGGCGGUAGGCGGUGCUAUUGAUUCGCUAUCGUAAGGCAAACAGACCACAGACGCGACGAGAAGAUCCGUCUCCUCGCGGAUACAGCCUUUCCAGUUUCGUCCGCUAAACACCGUUACCACAUUCGAUGCUGGAUUAAUCGACAUUCUAGCAAUUGCUCGGAUUCUAGACCACGUUACAGACAACCAUCGCAAUUCAUGCACUGACUAUCUUGGUACGUUCUGUAGCUCGAUUACCGUACACCAUCACGGCAUCGUCGCUGGGCUUUAAUAUCGCGUCCGAGAAACGACGUUUCGCUCCCUCCUUUUUUUAACCGAUGCCUGGGAAAGCCUGGCACCAUCGGGGUCUCGAGAUUGAAAUAACCGCGACGAAUCUUAACCGCGUUAUACAGAAUCCAGGCAGCGGAUUCGAUAUCGAUUCGCGAGUUACAGAGCGAUUGGGGAAUUGGAUCGGCUAAUCCGGAAACUUCGCUCCAUCUAGCGUCGAUCGAAAGUCUUUGGUCCGCUUUACGAUAGAAUCCCGUUGCUGUAGCGUCGCGAAAGCCUUCCAAUUAGAAGUCGGUGCGAUCAUAGUUCUACCGUUUCCAGAUCAGUUUCCUCACGCGCUUGUUAUAUCCGAUCUGAACAGGCCACUAUUCCUUCUCGUCGACGACUCAAUCCACCAGGGAUUAAGAAAACGUGAAAUUAGCGGUAGAAUCCAUCUGCAUUCUCUUCCGAGUCCGCUCGGUGAAAUCAUCUCCCGGCACACGCGUCCAACUUGUUCGUGUUCCAAAAAUACGUGCACCAGAAGGCGUAGCGACAUCCCUCAAGCCGAAAGAGCACCAUCGAGCGGUUAAACGCUCGAAUUAAAUGGGAUAACGAAAUCCAAAUACCACGAACGUACAAAUAGGCGAUGGGAGAUAGAGUGACCAAAAGGGCGAAAGAGCGACUGUAAUGAAGGAGACAGCGAGUGGAAACAAAGAAGAGGGUGGUCGUUCCGGUAACGGACUCUGAGCCGUCCAAUGGACGAACGACGUCGAAUCGCGUGGAUGACAACGCGAUUCAUAAACGCGCGCGUACGAAGAGCCGAGGUUAAACGUUGGCGAAACAACAUACUGGCGACGCGACAUCGUAAACGGGGGUGAGUCUCUAAAUGAACAGCAGCGGCGCCUUCGUCGACGAGUGGAAGGAACGAAAAGUCGAGGAGUAGCGGAGAGCUUCGGGUACUUCAAAGAAAAAAGGGGUGAGACAGAGGAAGACGAAUGUGAAACAGAACGAGAAAAAGGACGCGGAAUGGAUAGAAAGAGAGGGAAAGAGUAGAGGCAGGUGGGGAGGGAGCGACAAGGAACGUGGCAUGAAUUAGAACUCAUUUGGUAAAGUGUUGCGCGUGUAGCGAGUUUUGAAGAGGACGUUGUCGGGGGUGGUUCAACGUCGGUGGCCUAGAGAAGGAGGAGGUUGCUGUAUUAAAGGCGGGAAGGGUUGCCGAGUGCAGAGAGCGAGGGUGGCGGAACUAAAAGCGAAAACGAGGAUGAGGAGAAAUAGUGAGUGUGAUAUGAGAAAAAGAGGAGGGUUGGGGUGGAGCUGAGAGGGGGAUAGAGCGAGAGAAACAGAACGACAGGGGGAAGAGAGAAAAGGGAAGAGAGAAAAAGGUGAAGGUGCUGGACCGUAUCGCGGAAACUCGAAUCUUCCUGGCAAGUUGAAGGUACAAAAGAGGGAGAGGCAGAGUGAAUCAGACGUAGCGACCGGGCAAUACAGGAGAAGUAGAGAAAAAAGGUAGAGAAGAAAUCAGAGGAAGAAAGAGGAACGGAGAAAAAGAGAGGUGUGGCGUGGAAAGGUUGGCGAAGAAACAGAGGAACAGCACUUUACCGGUUCUCGCUUCACGCUCAAAGAAAACGGGUCGACUUUUCGAGCUUGUACGACUACCGAGAAAGCAGAAAAUGACUUGAACGACGGAGAAUCGUCGAAAUAGAGUCGUGAUGCGUGUCGCGAAAUUGACGAAGGAGCACUUUUCCGGGUCGUCUGAUCGGAAAAUAAAACACAUUCGGCUGAUGACUUCGGACGAUCGAUAAACUAUGCUGAAGGCGAGGAGGAUAAACCAAGAUUUGAGCCGGGCUUUUUCGGGACGGUGGCUCAGGAACAAAAGGUUGAAGAUGCUCGAGGAAACGAUGGAUGAAAUCAUAGCUAGGAUUACUCUUGAUGAAACCGUAUUAACGAAGGAACAUACGAAAGCGAUCAGACAACUUUGGAUCCGUCUAUUUCGUCACUACCAAUCAUUCCGUAUCUAAGGAUCGUCCAAGGACUGCCUUUAACGUGUAAAUAGAAGAUGUCCAAAUGAAACCUGGUGACCACGGAAGGCCUAAAAAAUCAUCGACCUAAGAUUUUUCUACAGUGCGCUUCAAGCACGGCAACCUAAUCUCGUUAAGUUCCGAGCAACCGAUAAAUACAUAGAAUUUAUAGAAACACCUUGACCAUCCCAAUUGAGGAAUCGACUUUAAAGAAAUAUCCAAUUAAUCGUAAAUCGGACAGAAAACAUUCGUCAACGUCGUUCAGAAGAAGUUUCUCACGAGAACGCGGCAUAAAAUGCUUCGAUCUUUGAGCAAACAGCAAGCUCCGCGCAACAAGUAGACAAAGUCCAAGCCGGCUAAAAUGAGCCAGCCUUUCGUUCAGAUGUUGAUUCUGCUGCUAUCACUGCACCAGCUAUCGGUGUUGAGUCAAUCGAAGGCGCACAGCGAGCGGGAAGCAGUGCUGAUCCCUGGCGACAUUGUUCUGGGAGGACUGUUUCCGGUGCACGAGAAGGGCGGCGCCUCUUGCGGGCCAAGCGUCUACAAUCGAGGCGUGCAACGACUCGAGGCGAUGCUGUUUGCCGUGGAUCAGAUCAACAAAGACAAGAAGAUACUUCCAGGCAUCACGCUGGGCGUACACAUUCUUGACACCUGUGGCAGAGACACGUACGCGCUCAACCAGAGUCUGCAUUUUGUUCGAGCAUCUCUAUCUAAUUUGGACAUCAGCGUGCUUGAGUGUGCGGACAAAUCCGUGCCCAGGGUGAAGAAGACGGCCAGUGCUGGGCCGAUCUUCGGCGUUAUCGGAGGUUCCUAUAGCUCCGUGUCGUUACAAGUGGCAAAUUUGCUGAGGUUGUUUCACAUUCCACAGAUCUCGCCUGCUUCUACCGCUAAGGCGCUUAGCGAUAAGACCAGGUUCGACUAUUUCGCGAGGACGGUGCCUCCGGACACAUUCCAAUCGAUCGCAUUGGUGGACGUGGUGAAAAGUGCAAAUUGGUCCUAUGUCUCGACCGUCUACUCCGAGGGUAGCUACGGAGAAUACGGGAUCGAGGUGUUCACCAGGGAAGCGACAGAACGUAACGUGUGCAUCGCGGUAGCGGCGAAAGUGCCUAGCGCCGCGGACGAUCGUGUAUUCGACGAUAUCAUCCAGAGACUGAGUAAAAAACCGAAUGCCAGAGCUGUAAUUCUGUUUACCCGCGCAGAGGACGCUAGAGGAAUCCUCGAAGCGGCCAGAAGAUCCAACAUGACAGCAUCCAGUCAACCGUUUCAGUGGCUGGCUAGCGAUGGCUGGGGUCGUCAAAUCAAACUCGUAGAGGGUCUCGAAGAAGAAGCUGAAGGCGCUAUCACGGUGGAGCUUCAGUCGGAGAACAUUCCAGGCUUCGACGAGUACAUGGCCUCCUUAACUCCGGACUCGAACCGUCGAAACCCUUGGUUCAGCGAGUACUGGGAGGAAGUGUUCGGUUGCGUUCUCAAAAAGAAUAUCAGGCUCGUAGGAAAUCAAAAUAGCACCAUGUGCUCGUUGAAGCUUAGACUGACCUCGGAAACCGGAUAUGAGCAAGAGUCGAAGGUUCAAUUCGUCGUGGAUGCCGUGUACGCUUUCGCGUUGGCACUGCACAAUCUUCAGAGGGACGUGUGCACGAAAACCAGCGGUUUAUGCGCCGCGAUGGCCAACUACGACCGAGCCCUAUUCUAUAGAAACUACCUGCUGAACGUGUCCUUUACAGACACUGCUGGCAGCGAGGUAAAGUUCGACGAGCAUGGGGACGGGCUGGCGCGGUACGAAAUCCUCAACUUUCGGAAAUCGGCAACUAACGGGACUAAUGGAUAUCACUAUCGGGUGGUAGGAAAAUGGUUCAACUCAUUGGAUAUUCGCACGGAGGAACUGGUCUGGGCACGAGGCACCAAGGAUCUACCAAUCUCGGCAUGCUCGCUACCCUGCGAGUCAGGUAUGAUAAAGAAGCAACAGGGUGACACUUGUUGCUGGGUGUGCGACCAGUGCGAGGAGUACGAGUACGUCUACGACGAGUACACCUGCGUGGACUGUGGCCCGGGCAAAUGGCCACACGAAGACAAGAGGGGCUGCUACGAGUUGCCCAUAAACCACAUCAGAUGGAACAGCGCGUUUGCGAUCGCGCCAGCGGUGAUUUCGUGUCUUGGAAUCGUGGCCACCCUUGCAGUCGCGUGUCUAUUGUUCCACCAUAGAGACACACCCGUAGUUAGAGCGUCAGGACGCGAGCUUACGAUCAUUUUGCUGGCUGGUGUGCUCGUUUGUUACCUGAACACGUUCCUGUUGCUAGCAACGCCUACUACAGUUACCUGCAUUCUUCAGAGGUUCGGUGUGGGGGUGAGUUUCAGUGCAGUUUAUGGAGCACUGUUGACCAAGACGAAUAGGAUCGCCAGAAUCUUCGAUUCUGCAUCGAGGUCGGCCGUUAGGCCAAGAUACAUUAGUCCUGCGUCCCAAGUCUGCAUCGCGGCCGCGCUGAUCGCACUGCAGGUGGUUUUGACCCUGGUAUGGAUGAUCAUCGAACCACCGGGAAGAAGAUUCUCCUACCCAGACCGCAAGCAGGUGAUCCUCAAGUGUAAUAUCCAGGACAUGAGCUUCCUCUUCUCCCAGUUGUACAACGCGUUGCUAAUCCUAAUCUCAACAGUGUACGCGGUGAAGACACGGAAAAUACCGGAGAACUUCAACGAGAGCAAGUUCAUCGGCUUUACUAUGUACACCACCUGUAUCAUCUGGUUGGCAUUCGUGCCGAUCUACUUUGGAACCGGAAACGCACACGAGACUCAAAUUACCACACUCUGCGUGGCGAUUAGUUUAAGCGCCACGGUGACAUUAGUUUGCUUAUACUCGCCAAAGGUGUACAUCAUCGUCUUUCAACCGGACAAAAACAUCCGCAGGAAAGUCACUAUGGGCGAUAAGUCUAAGAAGCAAGGGAGUAGCGCGGGAACCUCUUCUAUUACCAAAUACACGGGAUGUGAACUAACCAGCGAGAGCAUGCCUCUCCAGAGUGCACUGACGGCCGCGGUACAGACGUCUGUAGGCGUGACGGAGAUCUCCCUAGCGUCGAACACAUCGAGCAAAACUAAUAACGAGCAAGUAGCGCAGCUGUAGAGAAGCGGGCUGUAAUUCAGAUUUGAGGAAACGCGGCAUUCUGGCGGCCGGCCAACCGAUAAGACCUCCGAGUCCGCUGAAGGAGGACCACGACACGUGUGAAUAGUGCGAAUUCGUGCUAAUAAGAAAAGUAUGUAUUUCGAAUACGGUGAAAAAGUUGCACGGCAAAAAAAAGCAGUCGUGCAAAGCGGACGAAAAUAAUGUGCGUGCGUGUGCGUAUGUGUGUGUGUGUGGGUGUGUAUGAGAUAAGGGAGUGACGGGAAAAGUCACUAGAGCCGGCUUAACGAAGGCACUUCCGAUUCUUCCUUCUGUGCGCACUGCUGGUUCCUACGAUACGCCUUCGAUCCUCCACGGCCAUGAGCAAGCUCGACUUCCUUGCACGUAGAUCCAUCGUACGAUUAAAAAUCAGGGAUCUUGGAUCCCAAGAGUGGAGAUAACGCGAAGAGAAGAAAGAAAGACAUGAAAGAAAAACGCCGUGACUACGUCGUAUGUACAUACGCUUAGAUUACUCUGUUUAUUACUCGUGCACGAAGUGUACGAUAUUACAAGAUAUGCUAACAUCGCGAUAUAUAUGGAGAACUGUUUAUAAGCGUUAUUACGAAAACCUGCGUUGCAUAUUAUUCGAUACAAAUAUCGGUACUGUCGCUGUCGUCUUCGUUCGUUCGUUAUAUCGAGAUCAUUCGUAUCGCGAUCGCUGUUGUCGUUAUUGUUACUGUUAAAACGGUUAUCUUUGUGAAUAAUAUAUAUGAACGAUAUACGUACACAGGCACGUAUACGGAUAUUUAUAUUAUAUGCCAAUAUAGGUAUAGUACACACACGAUCUGGCUGGCAUGAGUUUGAAAGUCUAAAUAUGAUUAGUCUCGGCAACGAGAUCGAACGAAUCGAAAGUCAGCAUCGUUGACGACAGCUAGAGGAGAAUUCGCAGAAAGAAUUCGAAUAGCGGAGAAUAUCCCAACAAUUAUCAUCCACAGGCGAAUGAAUUUUACAAUGUUUGUAUCUGUUAUUGGUUUAACGAGCUGACUAAUUGGUACAAUUAAAGCGGCGCGUUCGGCCGCGUAUCGACGAUUAAAUUCGAUUACGAUUAAUAAUGAUGCGAUCGAAUAGAGUUUUCUCUCUGGUAUUUAGCCGAGUAUUUAACCGAGACUACGCUAAAUGCUAAAUCGUUGGAGUAUCUGCAUGCGCACACUCGUGCGUAUAGGUAACUCGUGCCAGGAAUUACUCUGUCGGAAAGGGUUUGCUCACGCAUAUGUAAUUAGCUUGUUCGAGUAAUCGACGUUCAUUGUCCACGUUCUUCCCACAUAGAUCGUUGACGAAGUAAAGAAGAAAAUAUUUACAUUCCGUGAGAUGUAUAUAUAUAUAUGUAUGUAUAUAUGUAUAUAUAUAUUAUAUAUAUACUAUUACAUAAAGUACUCGCGUACAUACAGUCACAUACAUAUACAAAUAAACACACAAAUACAGUUCUAUCGUUGCACGAGAUAUUAUGUGUUUCUUUUCGGCACACGAUUACGUAAGUUGUUCAUUUUCCUCGCAACUAGCUGCAAUUAAUUCGGGAAGAUCGUUCGUUAUAGUUGGAAACGAAACCAAAUUUCCAUUAAAAGAAUAUCUUUCGUUUUCGAAUUACUUCCCGCAUUUUUUGUAUGGAUUUGAGUUCCUAAAGGACAUGAAAUUGUUUCGAUUACGAGCUAGAUCGUUCCCUUAAGAUUGUUAUUAUUUUUUAGCGAGUAAUUGAUAUCUUUGACGAGUUGAACGUUUCAAAUGUUUAUUUCUGUUGUUUAUUAUAAUCGUAAAGCGUUCGGAUCGCAAAUAUGGAAUUACCAGCAGUCAAUAAAAAGGAGCGUAAAAGAAGUGCAAUUCCAUAGUCUGCCGUACGACACUUUAGAACAAUAACUGGAGUACAGAGAGAACAAGGGUGACAAAGGGAAAGAGGAUAUGAAAGAGAAGAAGAAAGGGACAGGAAAAUGACGAUGACAGGGAAAGAUGAAUGGCGGAAAAUUUUGAAACUAGGCCGACUACGCGAUGCGUGGAUUCAAUAUACAUUUCCUCCAUGAAUAGUAGACAAUAAAUAAAUCGCUAUAAGGCGAACUUCAACCUGGUUCGAUCAAUAUCAGGAUUUACACUCGACCUGUUCGAUUAACAACACCACGAUUUCGUUCUUUGAGGCGACUAGUGGCAUUUAGUUUUUUGCUGGAGGCAUGUAACGCAGGAAACAGAAAAGACGACUAUUGAAUCGUAUGAGAAAUCUCGAAGACUAUAAUUCCAAAAUUCAUUUAACGAUCUGCAAAGAUCGAACUAUUGAUAAGAAAAAUUCGAGAUAUAGAGAAAGUUAGAUUGUUGCACUUGUAAUUAUAAUCUUCGACGAUUAUACGCACGAAUGAAAGCACGAUUGUUACGAACGAACAAAAUUUUGUCGUUAUUAAGAAGGAGAAUGUAAGGAAAGAUUGACACGAUGGGGAAUUAUAGUUCGAAUGAAUACGAUGCAUCAUACAAAAAAGAUAACUUUGUAUCUUUUAUUAUAACACCGAUCAUUGAAAUAGAUUUUCCCCGUCAAAAGGAA